CUAUGGCACGCUCCAACUCACCUUGAAUCGGCGCUCCUGUCAUUCGGGUGCGGGGCUUGUACGGAGGACCAAUACACGCCCCAAAGCCUCAAUCAGCAGCCAAUCCGAUGACGGCAGAGGCGGACCUGUGGCUGCAUUCUCACACUUGGUUUCACUAUGCGCUCGUAAAAACGGCUCCGUCUACUACAAACGCGGCGGUGCAGGUGCUCUGUCUCUUCGGGAGAGGAUGCGGAUGGAAGGACGGGGGAGGGAAGGGAUGAAGGGAAACGCCACGAGGAGAGAAAAUAGGAUAUGAAUAGGGGGCUUCUGCCGAAAAGACCGUGAGGUGCAAGGUCGAAUAUGAGAGAUUGGUUGAACGGGGCACUUUGCGUGGUAAUAGCUGGUCGGCAAUAGUACUAUGAUUUGGUAUGUGGCCACUCUGAUAGCAAGUGUAUUCAGCACCAGAGGAACGGCCGCUCAAGGUGCCCACGGAGUGAGAGAGGAGCCCCGGUUUGUGACGGCGCGCGCCGGAGAGAGCGUGAUCCUGGGGUGUGACGUGUCCCCUCCCCUGGAUGGCCAGCAGCCUCCCUAUGUGGUGGAGUGGUUCAAGUUUGGAGUGCCUAUUCCCUUCUUCAUCAACUUCCGCUUCUACCCGCCUCAUGUGGAUCCAGAGUACACUGGUAGAGCCUCUCUGCAUGGGAAGGCCUCCUUACAAAUUGACCCAGUUCGCUCCGAGGACCAGGGCUGGUACGAAUGCAGGGUCCUGAUGCUGGAGCAACAGUACGACACCUUCCACAACGGCAGCUGGGUGCACCUCACGGUCAAUGCCCCGCCUUCAUUCACAGCGACGCCACCGCAGUAUGUGGAGGCGAAAGAAGGAGGGAGCACUCUGCUCAGCUGCUCUGCCCAGGGAAAUCCAAAACCAAUGAUCAGCUGGGUGAGGGAGGGGGAAGAGCUCGCCACCAACACUAAGUAUUCGGUACAUGAUGGCAGUCUGACCAUCCUUGGCAUCACUCGAGAUGACAGAGGGGCGUACACAUGUCGAGCCUACAGUGACCAGGGAGAGGUUCUCCACACCACCCGUCUGCUGGUUCAAGGGCCUCCAUACAUCGUCUCCCCACCAGAAAACGUCACUGUAAACAUAUCCCAGAAUGCACUCUUCACCUGCCAAGCGGAGGCGUAUCCCGGCAACCUGACGUACACCUGGUUCUGGGAGGAGGACAACGUCUACUUCAAGAAUGAUUUGAAGCUUCGAGUGCGCAUUCUCAUCGACGGCACCCUCAUCAUCUUCCGGGUCAAGCCGGAGGAUGCUGGGAAAUACACCUGCAGUCCGAGCAACAGCCUCGGCAUCUCGCCCUCGGCAUCAGCCUACCUGACUGUUCAGUACCCGGCCAGAGUGAUCAACAUGCCUCCGGUCAUCUAUGUCCCACGGAAACUGCCAGGCCUCAUCCGCUGCCCGGUAGAUGCCAACCCACCUGUGACAUUGGUGAAGUGGGAGAAAGAUGGUUAUCCUCUCAGAGUGGAGAAGUACCCCGGUUGGAGCCUGAUGCAAGACGGAAGUAUUCGAGUGGCAGAGGCCACAGAAGACUCCCUGGGCACCUACACCUGUGUGCCUUACAACGCCCUGGGUACCAUGGGCAUGUCCCCCCCUGCCACCUUGGUGCUAAAGGAUCCCCCUUACUUUAAUGUGAGGCCUGGGGGGGAGUACCGUCAGGAGGCUGGGAGAGAGCUAGUUAUCCCCUGUGCUGCUUCUGGAGACCCUGAUAUACCAACCAUCACCUGGAGAAAGGUGGGGAAGCCAAGCAAGAGUAAGCACAACAUCCUACCCAGCGGCAGCUUACAGUUUCUGUCCCUCAGCAAGGAGGACCAUGGAGAAUGGGAGUGUGUAGCCACCAAUGUGGUCACAAGCAUCACUGCCAGCACGCGUAUCCUAGUCAUCGGCACCAGCCCACACGCUCCUGGUAACAUCCAUGUAUUACCCUCAACGACCUUUGCUAAUGUGUCCUGGGAACCAGGUUAUGAUGGCGGCUUCGAACAGACAUUCUCUGUGUGGUACGGUCCAGUGUCUAAGAGAACAGACUUCGGUCCACACGACUGGCAUUCAAUGCCAGUUUCUGGUGCUCAGAUCUGGUUGGUGGUGCCAGGGCUGGAGCCUGGGACGGAGUACCAGUUCAGUGUGUUGGCACAAAACAAACUGGGCACGGGCCCAUUCAGCGAAGUUGUGACAGUCAACACUGCAGGCUCCCCUCUGGGUACCCCAGAACCACUGGUGCUUCUUACUCCACCACGGUGCCUCACAGCCAAUCGCACGCAGCACGGUGUCCUCCUCACAUGGCUCCCUCCAGCAAACCACUCUUCACCCAUUGACCGAUACAUCAUGGAGUUUCGCCUUGGGGAGAGGUGGGAGAUUCUGGAUGACCUGAUCCCGUCCACUGAGACCGAGCUCAUAGCUAGAGACCUCGUUCAGGAGUCCUGGUAUGAGUUUCGGGUGAUGGCUGUCAUGGACGACCUGAUCAGUGAGAGCAGCAAUGUAGUGGGAGUGUCCAGCACAGAUCCCUUCCCCCCCGCAGAGUUGCCUGAUGAGGGGCUGGCACGGCCUGUGGUUGCAGGUGUUGUGGCAACUAUCUGUUUCCUGGCAGCGGCAGUACUGUUCAGCACUCUGGCUGCUUGCUUUGUCAACAAGCAACACCGUCGCAAACUCAAACGUAAACCAGAUCCUCCCUUGUCGGUGACACACUUCAGGAAAAGCAUUGAGUCACCGCCUCCUCUCACCCCCUUGCCAGGGGUAGAGCCCUGCUGGGACGAGCCUGCCAGGAGCAGUUUCUUGCCCCCGCCCGCCAGCCCCCUGUUAUCUUCGGGGAAGAUAAGUCCAGAGAGCUCCCCUCCAUCUCGACCCCGCUCUCUUUCUUCGGAUGAUUCACACGGUCCAGGCCUGUACGUCAGGAAGCUGCCCAGCCCUCAUAGAGAAAGAGACAAAGAGCUCUCCUUCUACAAGAAAACCAAGCGUGCCAUAGUCAGCAAGAAAUACAGUGUGUCCAAGCACGAGGCUGAGGUCACCACACCGAUUGAGCUGAUAAGUCGCGGCCCUGACGGUCGCUUCGUCAUGGAGAGAAGCCCGCCACACCGCCGCAUCCAGGGCUUUCCCUUCGCAGAGGAGUCUGACAUGUACCCUGAGUUCCGGCAGUCUGAUGAGGAGAAUGAUUUUGACCCCGGGCCUCUGCCGCCCAUCAUGCCCACGCUGCGACCACAGCUCUCCCCAACGUCCUCCAGCCUGGAGUCAACGCAGCCCCCCAACUACAGCCCCCGCCUACACAGGCCCAUGGAAGGUAUGAGCUUUGCAGAGGGCAGUGCACUUCACGCCUCAGGGCAGGCCCCCGCCUCCCGCUACAGGGGCUUUCCCCAGGGCCCAUUCUAUGGGUAUCUAGGCAGCCGCGGUGAAUCAGGGAUCCCACCACCAUUCUACAUGCCUGACAUCAGCCCGCGUAGCUCCGCUCUGUCCUCCCCCCCGGGCACCGCCGAGGGGCCCUUUGGUUACCCCUCCAUCCCUGAGGAGAGUGGAGAGAUGGAGCACCAUCAGUACACCGCCUCUGGCCAUUCUCUGUCUCACACUCACAGCCCUCCUCCUCGCUCACCUGAAAGCUGGCAGCCUCAUGAGUUACCCUUCCUGGGUCUAGAAGGUCCACGGUUCAUAUACCCACCUCACCAUCCCUUACAUCACCACCAGGACCUCCCUGACCCACCCUCAUACUCUCCUCACUCCCUCCCCCCUAGCCGCUUACACUACUCUUCCCUAAGUGAUCCAACCAGCCCCGGACUCCUGCAGCUGGAGGUCCCUAUGGCUCCCCCGGGCAGAGACAGGCCCAUGGGGCCUCCGGUUAGGCGUUUAGCUAUGCAACAGGCCCAAAGUCUCGGCCAGCUCAGACACACGGCCCACGGUGUGGGUGUACCAGUGUUGCCUUACCCUGACCCGGCAGCCCGCGCAGGUAGCCCAAGCACAGCCCCCAGUAGUAGCCCUCAGUCUUGGCUCAGCCCGAGGGCGGGGCGCCGGGCAGACCCCAGCCUCCCCCCUCUAGUACUCCAGCCAUCCCGCCUCUCACCUCUUUCACAAAGCCCCCUUAGCACUCAGCCGGGCUCCCCAGACAUUCUAGUACGGCCCCCUCCGCGCCCCAGCAUCCUCCGCACCUCUCGGUCUUUGGAGAUGCCUGAGAUCACCCUGCAGCCCUCGGCCACUGUCAGUUUCUCCCGGAGGUCCUCCCUGACCGCCUCCCCCACUCAGAGUCAGGGUGCCAGGCAACCCAGCCCCAGUUACCACGCCCACAUGUCGUAUGCCUCCACUGCAGCCAGUUACCCCUCCCAGUCCCCCUCUCCCCCUCUGGAGGGCAGAGAUGUAUUCGGGCAGAGGCCAUCCCAGAGAAGGACAGAGGAGGAGAUGCUGCCCUCAGAGCCCUCUCAGCUCCAGAUAUCAGCCUCAGGGGAACCUCUAGGUGCGUCUAGUGAUCCUGCCGGGUCUGAGAGCUUACCAGCACUGCUACAACACUGUAUUACUAAAGCCAAGGGCGUGGCCACCAACAACAAUAACAACGCAACCUCCGGAAGGAGAACAGGCGUGUGUCCCUCUCAGACCCAGCAGCAAUCUCAGACACCCCAAGAGGGAAAGGAUCUCAGCCUCCACAGAAAGAGGAAAAAGCAAAAGAAGAAGAACCCCUAUCUCUAUUUGACCUCCUUACUGCACCGCAGGAAGACCGAGGAGGACCAGACAGGCAUUCUGGCCGGUGCAGACUCCGAGGGCCCAAAUUAUGGGACUCUACGCUGACAUGUGGGCCCACCAAGCCAUCGGACUCGACUAAACUGACCUCCCCUGAUUUAAAAAAAAAACAAAAAAAAAAAAACAACCUCAGCUCUCCUUGCUCCAAGCUAAUACUUUUCUUAUAAUCUCUAAAAAGUUCUUUGUUGUUUCAGGAGCGGGGGGAAAAAAUCCAGCUGAAUGCUCCGGGAGGUUGGAAAUCUUAUUUGAAGACAAGAACAAUGGCUUUUCAUAGUUGUUGCCACUACUUGUCUCUGAGGAAUUUGACUUGAAAAUGGACUUAUAUAAUGUAUAUAACUAGUAAAACAAGGGAAUUAAGCUUCCUCCUACAGUAAUAACAAUGUGUUGGUUGAGUAUGUCACAACACGUUGAAGAUUUUUCACUCACUGGUCAUUGAGGGGUCCAUAUCUUUAGGUUUUUCAGUGAUACAGUGUACUGUGAAGCCUGGUGCAUCCUCACACAGGGACAUGAGUCUACCUUUCCUACAAUACAAAUAGUGUCAGUAUUUAAACACAGGGUUCUUACCACAAAAUAUACCUCAGAGUAAACGCAGAGUUGCUGUAAUUCUUGUGGUAUACUGUACGUACUCAACCUUUUUACAUAUGGCUAAAAAGGUUUAUAUCACACACAAACACACACACACACACACACACACACACACACACACACACACACACACAACGCUCAUUCAGAUAGAUAAUAUGGCCUAACUUUAUCAAAUUUCAAAAGCUUUUUUUCUAUCAGUAUUAGCUGGCAUACUGUGUUUGUUUUGAUUCAUGAUCCAACGCUAACCACUAGAGGACUGUCUUAAUUUUAGGUGCUUGACGGCUCUGUGUUUACACUUACUCGUCACGGCAACAUGUUAGUACACAGGCCAUAGCCUUCAUGAGACAAUAUUGGGACUCACACGCUCAUCAGAGGUUGGACUUGUUGUGUUAAGAAGAACAGGGUGAUGAUUUGUGAAGUGUACUGUCGUAUGUAUUUCAUUAUUAAGGAAUCAUUUGUGAAACAUGGCACGUGUCGAGGUGCCUUUUUCUGCCUUUUCUCUCUUGUUUUUUUUUAUUUUUUUCAAACAUAAACUGCCUUUUUCCGUCGCCUUCUCAUAUUUGUCUCUCCAGGGGGGAGUGAGAGACUUCGAUACGAUGUGUGUUUUUACUUUCUCUGCCAAGGACACAUGAGAGAAAAUGCUACGGAGGUUGCAUAACUCUUGUUUUUUUUAUUUUAAUUUUUCUUAUUAUCUACUUUAAAUGGGUACCUGCUUCAACUGUGUAUAUCCAAGUAAUAGGACAGAAUCAGAAUACCCAUACUGAAUGAGAGAAAAAAAAGAAAUUGAGACUCAGAGAAGGCAAAUAAAUCCAGUGGAAAAGUACAGAAGUCCUGUACAAGUUCAGACAUUGUGUUAAUGUUUAACAAGAAAUGUUUAAAGGAGAAUGUGAUUGCUUCAUAAAGCUGUUCAAAAGCAAUGAGAAAUAUUCAAACAAUGGCCACCCUGACUGUUUAUAUUUAACAACUGUAUAUUACUUGCUAGCUACUUCUCUGUAUGUUUGUUAAUUUUUCAACACUAACCGAUAUUGAAUGUAUGUUUUUGCUGUACAGGAAAUGAAUGUCCCGAUGUCACAGUACAUUGAAUGACUCAUGACGUUGUGUAAAGUGCGGCUGCGAUUGGUGAGAUGAGCAGUUGGCACACAAAGUCAAAAAUGUUUCGCUUCCCUGUAAUAACUAACCCGAGCUUCUUUGUUCGUCGGCUACAAAAACACCUGGUUUCUUUUUAAGGCCAACACCAGUUCAAAAACACAACAGAUAUGAGUCUAUCUGCUACAAACAAAUCAGAGGUUUUCUGACAAAUAUCCACGUGAAUGAAUCAACUCUAUGUCUGAUCAAAAUGUAAUCUCUUUUGACAAGUGAGAAAGCGGUGAUUGCCUGAAAAGUGAGCGUCAAAGUGCAUAUACUACUUUAGCAAAUUGGUUUCAUGUACAGUACGAUAUUAGGGGGAAAAAAAUCUAUAUUUGUUAUUUACUGUACAUGGUAUGUAUUGUAUUUGUAAAGAUAAAUCAAACCAUGUUUUACAGGAAUAGGUUCCUGUAAGAGGAUGUAUGAAAAGAAGGGAGGGGUCCCUAAGAAAUUAGAUUAUAUAUCAAAGUAUUUGCUUACAGUACGGCUUUAAGUGGAUAAUGUUUCUAAAACAUUUUAAGGUGCCUCAUUUGUUAUAUGUUAGCAGAUAUUAUUUUAUCUGAAAAGAAAAGAAACCUUAAUGUUAGUACCGUACGAUGUAUUAUUGCCAUAGCCCGCUGGCUGCACAAGUUAAGUAGUAUUUCCUCUGAUGUAUAGUAUGUGAAUGCCCAUUGGAAAAAGCUUUAGAAGCAGAAAUGUGUUGCCCUAUAUAACAAUAUUCCUGGAACAAAGUAAUUCUGUAUUUUGCCCGUUCAUGAGCACACAUGUAAAUUCACUUCAGAUCCGUCGCCUUCAGGAGUCCAAAGCAAAUAAAACUGAAGGAAAUGUUUUUUCUAAGAGUCACAGACAUGCUAUAGUCAUGUAAAAAAAAAAAAACGUGCUGUGGAGGAAAUUGUGUUUACAUUAGUUUGAUACAGACAAGUGUGUUAGGGCAUAGUUGCUUUGAACAUUACGACUUGGUGCUAUGUUUAACUUUGUGGUGCUGUAGAUUAGAGGUCUGACGAUUUUCUUUUUCUGUUCACAAAAGCAACUCUCUGUCAGACACACACUCCUGUGUGUUUGACCAACUAACUAGCUCUGGUAGUCACUAUCGGUCCUUAUUAUUACAGUUUCAUGGUGUGAUGACAGUGAUAGACAAUACUGGAAAAUAGUAGUAUAACCUUGAAUAAUAGAGACUCUGCGACAUUCAAAUGACUCAACGAUGACCUGUUUUCUAUAGUGUGUUUGCAAUGUCUGUCUGUGCUUCCAAGGUACCCUCUCUAAAGUAUAUCUGUGAUGAUACUGAGAAUAUUAACCCAGCCUAAAAAGGAGAAAACAUAAACCUGAUUUAGAGUUUAGUACACCCCACAGGACACAUGGGAGGGAAUCUGAAAGCAUCGUCAGGUCAUGAGAAGGGGACAUUUUCUACACACUUCCUGUAGGUCUACCAUCUUUGGUUAACAGCACUGUUUUUCAAGCACACUACUGCAGGGAGGCGGCAAAAACAAACGUCUCACAUCAUCUCACCACUGUUUUUUGACAAUAGAUUUCCUACUACAACUGUACAGUAUAGCCAUGAGUAGUCAUCAGACCACAUUUGUAUUUAUUACUGCUGAUUCUCCUGGUUGAACGGUAUUGAUUGGGAAGGCUUAAGUUAUUCUCCACAUGGGUUUUUAACGAAUGGAUGUUGUCUUCCGGGCUCUUUUUUGCAUAUUCAACAGAAACAUGUACAGUGUUUUUAAGAGGGCUGCUUUGGACGUACUGUUAGUUCAAUUUUUUUUUUUUUUCCUUUAUUAAAUUUCCUUUCUCCAAUUUUUCUGCUUACAUGCUUUUAGGGCAUCACUAGGUGCUGGUAGGAUGAUACUUAGAAACCUAUUUGAUUUUUUAUUGUAUUAAUCUUGCAUGUAGAGACAAUACAAAAAAAAAGACUUAAAAAAACGCCUAUUUAGCAAUCAUUCAUGGACAUCUGAGCUGGUUGUUAUUGGAUGGAAAAUAGAAAAAUGUAGUAUUUUCUAUAUUCUCUGUUUUUUCAUGUGUACCAGCACUGAGAAACUAGAAUGUAUUAUUAUUCUCGUAGGCUACAAUAAGCACUACAUCGUUGACUGUUUUAGCUAAUGCUCAUACUCAAGCAAACCAAGUAGUGCUUAAAAAGGAAGAAAAUUUAAUACAUUUCAUUUCACUGUCAUCCACUGAACUCUGUGCUGUACAUCACAUGUUUACAUUCUGUAUUAUAUGUUGUUUAUUCUGUUUUCUUUUGUACAUAAUUUGUCUCCAUAAUGGUCUUUAAUGUUCAUAUGUAAAUAAUUCAAAGCGAAGACAUUUUUUACUUUUCUCUUUUUUAAAACGAUAACCUGAUGUUUAGCUUUUUGUCCGUUUUUUAGACUGUCUUUCUGUUCUGUCACUACAUCAGGUGUUCUGCUUCAAUUAACUUUUUGUUUGUGAGCAAUCAAUUAACUCAUACUGUAUGGUGCUGUACCAAAGCCUUAUGUAUAAUAUUUUUAUUACUUUUCUCUUGUUUGCCACUGCUGUCCAGUGAAUUCUGUAUCGUCUGAGAUCAUGUCUUACUCACUCUUCAUGUUCAACUGCCAUGGAUCUCCUUUCUUUAUUGAGUAAACAGAAACCUGAAUGAACUAUGUGAUUAAAAAAACAAAACACUCAUGGCCUGUUACCAACUGGCCUGGAUAUAAAGUGACAGUCACCAUGAAAAGCCUUCAUAGGGAAAACGCACAGGCUCAAUCCUGGUGGCUCAUCAUGACGUAGACAUGGGCCUAGCACAUGAUCUAUGCUCUAUCUAUGGCAUGUCUGUGAGAAUAUGAAAGCAGUGCUGUAUUCAUGUCACCAUAUCAUUUCAAAUGCUUAGUCCCAUACGAAAAUUUUCCUCUCAAAUUUUUGUAUUUUGAUAUAAUAAAAAAAUCAAAAGAG